GUCAACAAAGGCACGUGAUUCCCGAGCGCGCUCCCAUAUUUGGCGGCAUACCUGGCAAAGUACAGUAGGGCUUCAUUGCUUAUAAUUCAUGAUUGCGUCCAUAAAUCGUGCAAGCACACAAGGAUUAUAGCGACAAAGAUCUACAAAUCGAGGCUUUAAAAAAGCAAGCAAAUGAGCUCGUACUUUGUAAACUCGUUCUCAGGGCGCUACCCAAAUGGCUCCGACUAUCAGUUACUAAAUUAUGGGACUAACGGCGCAGUGAGCGGCUCCUUCAGAGACCCUGGCACCAUGCACUCCGGGUCCUUCGGCUACAACUACAAUGGCAUGGACCUAACCGUGAACCGAGCCAACAGCGGCGGAGGCGCAGGCAGCGGAGGAGGAGGUGGCGGUCACUUCGGAGAGGACGCCCGGGGCUUUGGCUACCGCCAGACGCCCAAUUGCUCGCUGUCGUCCCCGGAAUCGGUGCAGCCUCCGCCGCCGUCGUGCGCCUCCGCCGGGCGGGACCUGCGGGAGGUGAAGAGCCCCUCCCCGGCGUGCGAGCGGAGCGCCACUUCGGCGGCCAACAAAAGCACCAACAACGGGGGAUUCACGGAUAUUGAAGACCCCGCCGCCACCGCCGCUGCCACCGACACCGAGGACCGCGGUUCAGGCUCGGGCGCUGCUCAACAGGCGCAGGAGCCCAGCCACGCCACCUCGUCCGCCCCCGCCGCAAACGAGUGCCACGCGCCGCAGAUCUUCCCCUGGAUGCGGAAGCUGCACAUCAGCCACGAUAUGACCGGCCCGGACGGCAAGCGCGCCCGGACCGCGUACACCCGCUACCAGACGCUGGAGCUGGAGAAGGAGUUCCACUUCAACCGCUACCUGACGCGGCGGAGGCGGAUAGAAAUCGCGCACGCGCUAUGUCUUUCCGAGAGACAGAUCAAAAUAUGGUUCCAGAACCGCAGGAUGAAAUGGAAGAAGGACAAUAAGCUGAAGAGCAUGAGCCUGGUGACGGGCGCCAGCGCUUUCCACAACUGAGCCAAGACCGUCGCACAUCCGACCCCGCCACGGCCAACCUCUGCAGCCGCUGCAAUGGAGGUGAAAGCGUUCUAAUAAUAUUCACAAUGAUCAUCAUAAUAAGAAUAAUAAAACGGAGGGUAAAAAAAAAAUACUUGUAACGCUCUGAAGCGCAGCACCUUGCAGCAUGCUAUUGUUAUAGACGACAAAAAAGUGUUCUGUGGUUCUUUUUAGUGGUAGCGUGUAGGUGUCAUGUCAUAUUGAUGUAAAUAUUAAUAUUUGUCUCUUGGACGUGAGCUCUUUCUCCAAGUGGAGUGUUUUAAGAAAAAAAGUCAUAAUAAGAAGAAAAAAAAAUAAAGCUGCUGCCAUUUGAAUGUAAACAUGGGCCCAUUGAGAAGGGUUGUUGUGCAUACUCGAAUUGUUUAGGCUGUCGGUGUGUGUGUGUGUGCGUGUGUGCGCGUAUGUGUGCGUGAUGUCAACUUUGUUUCCUUCUCGCCAACAAAGCUUUUUGUAUGUAGC